GACCUUGAAUAAAAACGACACUGGAGGUCGAGCAGGUAUAUUUUAAAGCGCGUGUUUCCAUGUAAGACAGUGAAUACGCAGACAGAACGGACAUGAAGACACAGCUACUAUUGUCGAUCAGCCUCACGCUGAAACUGAUUCACGGAGAAGCCAUAGAGAACCCUACACACUAUGAAGAACAUGAAACAACAACCAAGCCCAAACCUGGAUUGUCGGACCGUAUUAGAAAAGCUGCAGAUAUCAUUGAGAAAGAAAUUUUCGACAGUCUGAAGCCUAUAGUUCCAGGAACGAAAUGGUGUGGGGUCGGUAAUCGCUCGAAGAGUGCGGAAGAUCUGGGGCUGUUCAAACUGACGGACAGUUGCUGCCGGGAGCAUGACAAAUGUCCCGAUAACAUUAUUGCAGGGAAGUCCGGGCACGGGCUCAAGAACUCGGGACUCUUCACCAGGUCUAACUGUGACUGUGAUGAAAAGUUUUACUACUGCCUGAAGAAAGCCAACAAUAUAGUCUCCACAGAAGUCGGUAUAGGUUACUUCAAUAUCCUGAGACCGAAGUGUUUCAGGGAGGAAUACCCCGUGUUAGGAUGUAAAGAGCGCGAUGGAUUACUGCAUAAGGGAUGCGUAAAAUACGACAUGAAUUAUUCAUCACCAAAGAUCUGGCAGUGGUUUGACGCGAUGGAAUUCUGAUUAGCGGUCAAAAAUUGUUGGAAGACAAAGACACAACCACAAGCCAAGUCCACAUCUUGCAAUUUACUGCACUCUCAGUUUCUUCAAUACUAGUAAAAAAUUUAAUUGUAAGGAGCCGCAAUUAUUUAUUGCGUUCCUACUGAACUAGGGUAAACAAUUAUGAUUUACCGGACUAGUCUGUUGCGAAAUAAUCAUAUACCGUAGCUAUAUUACGAGAAAAAUUAUGUAGUUCGAAAUUCGUUAAAUAGCUAUCAAUUAUUUGCACGCAUUAAGCAACCUCUAUACAACAUGGUUCAAGUCUUGUAUCAACAUUUCAAGAGCUUGUUCCCAAGAGGAUUCCCAGUCACAUAUGUUCUGUGAAUAUGGGCCCAAUUCUUAUCGAGCACAGAGUUACGGUAAUGGUGUAGAUGUACUAAAGUAUAUAAAAAUUACAUUAGAAAUAAUUCAUUCAAAGAUAAUACUCUAACAUUAUCAAGGUCCUAAGCCACGCAUUAACCGAGUCUGUAGUGGCUCCACUCUCGACGUUCUCCUACUCGGUUGUACGUACAGAAAAUCAGAAUUGCAAAUACACCUGCUAAGGAAUUUAAAACUGAUAUUUCGGUCAAAUACUCAAUUUAUGUAAUUUUUAGAACAAAGCUUUCCUCUUAACAUAUAUUAGAAAUUAAAAAGUAACAAUAAAUUAUAAUUAAAAUCAUGUGAAUAUGACAGCGGGCUGUAUUUUUGUUACCCCUAAACUAAACAAAUCUUUAUGAGCUUAGUAAUGAGGAAAUGGAAUUUGUCUGUGUCUGGAAAUGUCCCUGUUAUUAUUGAACAACCGAGACGUUUUAACAUAAGACUGCAUUUUUGUUGUGUAGGCCCAUACACGAAUACUGAGCUCGAUCUGUUCAGUGAACGACCGCAUGAAUGUUGAACAGAACUGUAAUUCCCAUUGGCUAUUCAUUCAUUUAUAACAAUUGCCAUUUAAUUUCUCUUUGGUCCAAAUAUUAUCCAAAGCACCUUCUUCUCAAACACCUUCAAUCUGUGUUCUUAUCUUAGCGUAAGAGGUCAGGUUAAAUUAUGGUUUCGUAUAUUUCAGUCUUGACGUCUUCAGGUAUCAGACGGAAGGCAAAAGAUUCUAAAGUGCAUGGCAGCAAGCAUUCCCCGCAUUUACUCUGCUCUUAACUUCCUCGUAAACGAAAAUCUUAUUUUUUAACGUCGUUCCCAAAUACUGAAAAAUUGUCAAAUUUUCAAAACGUGUAUUAUCCACUUCUAUUUGAUGAUCUUGGCACUACUCUAUUAAUCUGCAUUUCAUCUGUAAGUAAACAUAAACAGUUAUUUUUUCUUAUUCUCUAUUUCGAAUAGAAUCGUGCAUGGGUCAUUACAUCAGCGAAGCCCGCAGCAUGUAGACCUACAAAUGUACAUUACUGAUAUUUAGUAUAUUUGUAAAUAUGACCGAAACAAAGCGGCAGUGAUAACUUUGCGUUGUAUGCAGAAAUGCUCAAAAACUUCAGAUGCAAUAAAACUGUAAUAAUAGAAAGAACACGUAUGUAAAUUAUGGGUUUUUACAAAUGUAAAUGUAAUGAUGUUCUGAAAUGAAAUAUUUCUAAACAUGUGUAUCAGUCCCCACCAAAAGACAUUCACAGAUCGAAGGUCCAACGCUUAGUUUCAUUAUUUUCAUUAUGAUAUUUUAGUUUUAUCACUGUCAUAAGAAUCUGAUAUAUACUUCAGAGUUCACGAUAAAAUACCUUCCAAAAAUACCAUAAGAAUUUUUAUAAAUUCUUCCAGAAUACCAAGGAAAUGUUGGACUUUCAGAGUGUAUGUGAAGGGUAUUAAUAUAAGUUGUCUAAAAAUACAAUUGUACCGACAACAGCACUGAAUAAAAGUAUUAUGGUAGAACAA